ACCAACAAGUUGUUGGCAACAACUAUGAUCAUUGGUUCCUUUGCAAGGUGGUAAUGAAUCUCAUGCUUCAGCAUGGGGUCACAGUAGUAGUCAAGUAGGUCCUCAUGCAUGAAUGCCAAACAGAAGUGCACACACCAAUUCAGUUUGCACACCAAGCACUCCCCAUAUGUAUUACAGGAGAGGUUUUUUUUUUUGCUUUUCUUUGAAGCUUACCAUAUCUGCUACCAUCUGAAGAAAAAUAUCAAACUAUGAAUCUGAUCUGGCAGUUCCUGCACUAUGUUCCUAGUCCAUAAGACAGACAAAAAUAAUGUAUUGUAAAAGUUGUCUAGACACAAGAGAAGCACUAAUGUUUCUCACAAAGAAGAGUGAAAUAUUUGGUUCUCAUUAACUUGCUGAAAUGAGAGAGGGCAUGUUGAUAAAAAUAAACCCCACAAUAACUCUUGUUAAAUUGAAGUUAAAGUUCACACAUGUGUCUGUGGUGUGAAUGCAUAUUGCUUUUCAAGAACAGUAGUGUUAAAACCUCUCAAAGAGGAGAAAAUCAGAAAAUGCAGUUAAAAUUGCACCUCUCAAAUCAGGCAUCCUAAGUGCCCCCUAACAAUGCCAGUUUACCAUAUUCCCUGCGUUACAUAUAGAGUAUCAAAAAUGGGGGCCACAGAACACAGGUUUAGUAAUUCACCUCACACACGUCUCAGUAAGCAUGAUGAUUUGAGCACUAAAUGUUACUUCUUUUUCCUGUAUGUUCUCUGAUAGUAUUGUUUGGGCAGAGACAGCUAGUGUCUAGUGACACUUGGGUAAUUGGUUACUAUAUGGAGUCAGAGCCUAAUCCUGUCAGAUACUCAGUGCCUUCAGCAGCUCAGAAGAAUUGGCCCUUAAUGAAGUUUCCCUGCAGACCUCAAAGUGCAAAUAUGAAGCAUGGAGCUGUUACACGGCCUGCCGUACUACUAUAGAGAAAGGGAGGGAACAGACAUAUUAUCGAAAACCUUAGAGUCUAAUGAGGCACUGACUCCGCUGCAAAUUCCUUCACGCCCAACUGUGUCCCAGGAUAGAUAUGAGGAGUUAAGAGAUUCACUUCAAUGGUGCAGGCUUCCGUGGGGAACCGAAAGAGAAUAUGGAGGAAUUGCACCGGUUUCAUUGCCAGAAGAUCAUAGACCAAAGAAUGAGCCUCCUUGUUUGUUUGCUAAAGGACAUCAACAUUAUGGUUAUGGUGGAGAUUCCUGGCCCAGAGGUCUUCCCAUUGAACAGUAUUAUGAUGUAACACAAAUGAAAAAAAGUGAUGUCCGUAUGAAUGAUGAGCUGCUUCCUAAACCUCCAGAUAAUUCAGUCGAACAAUUAUCCCUGCCAUUUCCAGUUUCACACCCCUACCACACACACAUCUCCAGAUAUGCCAUGUUCCCAAACUUUAAAUCACCAGAGGAUCAAGACACUGGCAUUCAAGCAAGCAGCCAUCAACCUUUUCAUCCCAACAUCCCUACAAAGGCUUAUGAUGUGAUUGUUUUAAGAAAGACCAAAGGUAAUCCAUAUAGACAUGAAGUCAUCAACAUUCCAUCUGACUCCCAGAAGGAGGCCUUGCAUUGGCCAGGACAACAUGCAUACUUUCAUUUUCCUAAAUUUGUUGAGGGAAGCAGUCAGAUAUACUAUCCAAAGCCACCAAAGACUGUGGCUCCUAAUGCUACAUGCAACCCACUGGAACCUAAUCUCUCUCCAAGGACAACCAACAUGCUGCGAAAUGUAGAAAGGGCCCAGUGGAUAACAACAUAUAACCAUGAUUUCACAGGUAGAGGUCCCAUGAACCCUCUCGUACUGGAUGAUUACGACAUGAAGCUAAUUGGCAGAGUAACUGGAGAAUUAGGGGAAGACGUGGAACUUAAAGAAACAUUUCUGCCCAGUCUCUCACAAGUGAGGCCCCUAGAAGGGCGCAUUGCACGUUUCCUCCAAAGUCGGCGUCCCAGCGAAUCAGUUUUACAAGAACGGGAUUCCUCAGAUGUUCACGUGCCUCCAGUUUUGUACACAGUUCAUGCUGUCAUACCCAGUUGCUCAGACGUGAUACUUAGCAAUAGGAAAACAGCAACAAAUUUGGUUCAGCAAUGUAAACGUACAGAAAAUGAAGCCAAGAAAAGGGAUGAGGACUCACUGCAGACUCGUCAUCUGCCUCAAGCAUGUUACCAGAGAGGUGAGAGUCAGGAUAACAGACCUAUAGUAAACAAAUUUCAGAAAAUCACGGAUACAUGGCAAACGGAAGCUUUGUACAGAAGGCAGCUUGCAGUUAGACCUGAAUCUGAACCUUCUCCCGCACCGUCUUGGAAUUCCCUUUAUUACGAAGAUUUGAAACCCAGCCAUUUAGACCAAUACAUUGUAUGGCACAACCCAGUUAGUCUUAGUAAGCCAGGUGUACCAAAGAAUCAAACUGGUGGAGAAGGUGGAAAUUUUCAACCGGAGUGCAAUGAUCAAGAGGAAACCCAAUAUACUUUGAGUUUGGACGGCAACCCGCCCAACAUGGCAUUGCCUGAAUGGAUUCCUAAUUCUGGGGUGCCUCGAUCUCAGACAUCAUUACUCGAGCUUCAGGAUUCCUUUUCUAAAACAGGAGCACACAAAUGUUUUCAUAAUUCUAUUACAGGAGAAGCAAAAGACCUUAGGGAUAAUAUCCAUGAAGGGAGGAGGCACACAUUCUAUGGCUUCAAUUCAUUUUAUUUCUAUAACUGACAUGUGCCUUUGUCCCUUUAAAUUAAAAAAAAAAAGAAGACCCAAUCAAUCCCUCUCCUUGUAUUUAUGAUCUGAUGUUUUGUGACUUAUAUUUUGGACUCUUUUCUUUGUUUUACUGGUAAAGUAAUGAACAUCCACAGUCUGAGACACAGAUAUGUUUAAAAAACAAAGGUGAUGGAACACAACAUUAAAUUGUAGUGAAUCACCAGGGGUGGACUGCAUUCACCCAACAGUUCUGAAGGAGCCCUACAAUGAAUAGGUAAGCCAAACGUGUAAUUUGCCAUUAAGCACAACCACCAAAGGGCUGCAAGGAGCUACUGGAGUAGCUGUUUUUAAAAUAAAGCCUAAGGAUGAUUAUGGGAAUUAGCUGAGUGGUUGGAAAAACAGUUGAGAAAAGUAUAAAGGACUUUAGAGUAUAUGAUAGAAACAGAGCAGCACUGUUGUGGGAAGCUGGAUUGUGCUUCUCUACCUGUUUAGGAAUCCUUGACAACGUUAACAAAAUAGAGGCUAAUUGCAAACCGCUAGACAGAAUGUAUUUAAACAUUCGGAAGCAUUUUGAUAGUGGCCCCCCCUAAAAAUGAGACGCUAUUAAGGAAACUUAGUGUAAAGCCCUAUUGCAGGUUAAGAACUAGCUAUGAAAUAAGGACACAAAAUGUAAGACUAACCAGCUAUUCUGACUGCCGAGAGAGGUUAAUAGUGGGAUAUUCCAGUGCUGAUCCCUGGGUUAAGUAUGGUCCCAGUGAAUUUAUUAAGGAGCUAGGAGGCAGAUUGGGAUUAGUAAAGUACCAACAUUUGCUAAUGACACAACCCUAUAUAGGUUUUUAAUUAGUUAUUUAAACCAGGGAUUAUUAAAUUAGGCCCCCAGG